GACGGCCGGGGAGAGCGGCGGGCGGGCGGGCGCGCGAAUGGCUCUGCGCUGCUGGCGCCCGGUGAGCAGAGCCGCGCUGGGAAGGGCGCUGCGAGCCGGCGCGGAGCAGAGCGGGGCCGGGGCCGGCCGCCCCUCCGGCCUUAGCGGCGGCUUUGCGGCCACCGCCUGCGGGCUCCGUCAGCUGACAUCUCCUUCAUUUGGAUUCCUCUUUGAUAUUGAUGGAGUGCUUUUACGAGGCCGGUUAGUCAUUCCUGCUGCUAAGAAGGCAUUUCAGAAACUAACAAAUGUGAAGGGCCACUUCCGUGUGCCAGUUGCAUUUGUAACCAAUGCAGGGAAUUGUUCUCGGGACAGCAAGGCUGAGGAACUGACUGAAGCCCUUGGAUUUAAGGUAUCUUCUGAAUGGGUAAUCCUUUCCCAUAGCCCACUGCAACAUUUCCAUCAGUUCCAUGACAAGUGUGUGCUUGUGUGUGGACAGGGUCCUGUGGAAGAGAAUGCCAGGGACUUGGGAUUUAAGCAUGUUCUUACCAUUGAAGACAUCAGGAAAGCGUUUCCUUUGUUGGAUAUGGUUGAUCAGAAGCGGCGGCCUAAAGACCUGCCUCCUCCAACUGUUGACUUUCCCAUCGUAGAAGGAAUAAUUCUGUUGGGGGAACCAGUAAGGUGGGAAACUUGUCUUCAGCUGAUUAUUGACGUGCUGUUGAGCAAUGGGAAUCCAGGAGUAGAUUUAGCUUCUGUGCCAUACCCUCAUCUACCUAUCCUUGCUUGCAACAUGGACCUCUUGUGGAUGGCAGAAGCCAAGAUGCCAAGGUUUGGCCAUGGCACCUUUCUUGUCUGCCUGGAGAACAUCUACAAGAAAAUGACUGGCAAGGAGCUGAAGUAUGAGGCCCUGUUAGGCAAGCCCAGCACCCUUACGUACUGUUAUGCUGAACAUGUGCUCAAGCAGCAAAUGGAGAGGUGUGGCUGGUCAUCCCCUCUUCGCCAGCUAUAUGCUGUUGGGGACAACCCAAUGGCUGAUAUUUAUGGUGCCAACCUCUACAACCGCUACCUCCAGACUCAGGCUGAAGUAAAUGUAACUGCUAUGAUGGCAGAGAAUGAGAAACAUCUGGAGAUCCUGAGAGAUUGCAGUAUCUCAGUCAGCUCUGCAAAGAGCUGCCAGUCUAUACUAGUUUGCACUGGGGUCUACAAUCCUCAUGGAGACAUGCCUGCUGACCAUAAGAACAUAUCCCAUGGGCAUCGCGAUUUCCAUUUUGAUCCAACCUUGGUGGAAGCUUCUCAUGUUGUGCAUGAUGUGAACGAUGCUGUGGAACUUGUAUUUCAAAAAGAGAAUUGGGAACAAGAAUGACCAAUCCAUGCUCAGCAGCAUCGGAUGUGGGAAUGCAAGAAAACUUGAUCUUUUUCUUGUUUAACUCAUGCCAAAGUGAAAGAAAAUUCUCCAGUUCUUUUUUUUUUUUUUUGGUAGGGAUUGUACUAAUGAAUUUUUCAAACCCCAAAUUUGUCACCCAUGCAGUUUAAAAUUAAUCUCCUUUGCUAAUGUUGGCUUGGCCACAGAGGUGUAAGGACUUCUUAAUUGAAUGGAUCUCUUGGUGAUCCCACCAGAUACACAUUGGUGAGAUUUUCAAACUCUUCUUUUUGCCUUCAAUACAAUCAGCUAUUAAAUAAUCCCAGUUUGU